AUGGCGGCCACAGAUACAGAGAAGGAUGAGCUGUCUUCCAAUCAGCUCAAUGAUGUUGCACAGUAUGACACUUACCUUGUAUCUAACGGCAGGGAUGAGAUGAGUAGGUUUCUCAUAGGAAUCACAGGAGAUCUAGAGGAGCAGUGUCGGGCUGCGAUACUCCACGAUAACAUGGACCUCUCCAGGUUGAUGGUGCAUGUUCACCAGGUAGAGGAUAGAGGAAAGAAGAGGGGUGACCGUGAUGUUAGGAGUCCUAAGCCUUCUAAUAAAGCAGCACCUAGAGGAGGCACACUCGAGACCAAGAAGGGAAAUAGAGGGUAUGUGCAGCAUCCCAUAGAGGACUGUGCCAAGUGUGGCCGUGCUCACAGUGGAGAGUACAGGCAGGGAACUAAUGCCUGGUUCGGUUGCGGAAGGAAUGGGCACAUGGUCAAGGACUGGUCAAAGAACAUAGGUCAGGAUGGAGGUAAUGCUCAGCCUAGGCCUAAUCCACAGGGUGCAGCACCAGCCGAACCUCCUAAGAGGAACAAAUUCUAUGCCUUGAAAGGCUGA